AGCAGUAGCAGGAUGUCUCUUUCCACCAAACUCACGCUGGACCGGGUGGACGUGAAGGGCAAGCGGGUGAUUAUGAGGGUUGAUUUCAAUGUUCCAAUGAAGGACAACAAAAUAACCAACAACCAAAGAAUCAAGGCAGCUGUCCCUAGCAUCAAGCACUGCUUGGAUCAUGGAGCCAAGUCUGUGGUUUUGAUGAGUCAUUUGGGCCGGCCUGAUGGAGUCCCUAUGCCUGAAAAGUUUUCCUUAGCCCCAGUGGCUGUGGAACUUAAAUCACUAAUGGGCAGGGAGAUCUUGUUCCUGAAAGACUGUGUGGGUCCAGAAGUGGAGAAGGCUUGUGCUGAUCCUCCAGCUGGCUCCAUCAUCCUCCUGGAAAACCUCCGAUUCCAUGUAGAAGAAGAAGGGAAAGGGAAGGAUGCGUCGGGAAACAAGAUCAAGGCUGAUUCAGCAAAGGUGGAGGCUUUCAGAGCAUCACUUUCUAAACUGGGAGAUGUUUACAUCAACGAUGCUUUUGGAACUGCACACCGAGCUCACAGCUCCAUGGUUGGUGUCAAUCUGUCGCAGAAAGCUGCUGGCUUCCUGAUGAAGAAAGAGCUGGAUUAUUUUGCUAAGGCUCUGGAGAGUCCAGAGAGGCCCUUCCUGGCAAUUCUUGGAGGAGCUAAAGUUAAGGAUAAGAUUCAGCUAAUCAACAACAUGCUGGAUAAAGUCAAUGAGAUGAUAAUUGGUGGUGGAAUGGCCUUCACCUUCCUCAAAGUGCUCAACAACAUGGAGAUUGGCAACUCGCUGUUUGAUGAAGAGGGAUCAAAGAUUGUCAAGGACCUGAUGGCAAAAGCAGAGAAGAAUGGUGUGAAGAUCACUCUACCUGUUGACUUCAUCACUGCUGACAAAUUUGAUGAGCACGCGCAGACUGGAGAAGCCACUGUGGCCUCUGGGAUCCCUGCUGGCUGGAUGGGCCUGGAUUGUGGUCCUGAAAGUAAUAAGAAGUUUGUAGAAGUUGUAGGCAGGGCCAAGCAAAUUGUGUGGAAUGGUCCGGUUGGUGUGUUUGAGUGGGAGAAAUUUGCCAAAGGCACCAAAGCUCUGAUGGAUAAAGUUGUGGAAGUUACUGGCAAGGGUUGCAUCACCAUUAUUGGUGGUGGAGACACUGCUACUUGCUGUGCGAAGUGGAACACUGAGGAUAAGGUCAGCCACGUCAGCACUGGAGGCGGUGCCAGCUUGGAACUGCUGGAAGGUAAAGUUCUUCCUGGUGUGGAUGCUCUGAGCAAUGUGUAAAGGACAAAACAUCUCCCCAGUCUGUUCUUGUGCACAGUCCUCAAGAAUCAACACUGCAGCGCUUCAGUAUUUCAACUCUGCAAUAGGCAGAUCACAGAAUGUAAACCAACACUGGACAGGAUUAGGAAGAAAAGAGAGUGGAGAUCUCUUGAGUCUACCAUUUACAUGAUGCAAAUUUGUCCACUGUUAUCCCACUUGAACUAAAUGUAGUGUGUUCAACUGUUGUGAAUUUAGAGUGUAUAUAUUUAUAUUUUGCCUUCUAAAAAGAUUAACUCUUCCUCUUCCCCCACCCUUAGAUAUCUGUUUCUCAAAAGAUUGAUCCUGUCUGCUUCAUCAUUACUGUUUUUAGCAGCUAGUUUUGUCACUUGACUUGGUUCAGAAACAAAAGGGGACUCCAGACUUUUUUUUGGAGAUUGAUUGCAGUUGCUGCUAAAUAAAUGUAUGUAAAGCGCUAA